AUGGCCUCGUCCAAUACAGUCACCACGGCCUAUCUGCUGGGGAACCUCCACUGCCCAUCAUGCGUGACUCUCAUCAAGACGCUUCUGCAGGAGGCAUUCGGUGACAAGAUUGUUUGGGUAUCACCAAAUCUUGUCACGUCCAUCGUGACAGUUGAACAUGCCGACCACUCACCCGAUUUUGUGCGCGCUAUUGGCAUGACGCUUUCAAAUGUCGGGUUUGAGAUUUGUGGAGUCGAUACCAACGCCUCUGGCGCCGAGGAUUUAAACGACAAUUCUCGAGGGGAUAUGGCUGACAGCGGUGGCAUCUUUGAGAGCUGGUCCAGUCUCUGGGCCCAGAAACAGCCGGCGCCAGUCCCCGAGACCAUAAAGGCUGCUCAUCUGGAAAACUGCGAGGCCUGCAAAGAACACAGACCACAUGAUACAGAGGAGGGUAGCAGUAUCGACUAUAAGCUCAAGCCAUCCUUCUCAUCGAAUAGCCUGCGAAAAGAACCGUUAGUCGACACGGUACCGCUUGAUGGCGUGGUGACAGGCGACGGAAGUCAGCCUCCUUCAUGGCGAGCAACAGUAUCUGUUGGCGGAAUGACCUGUGCGGCUUGUGUUACCACGAUAACGAAUGAGCUGCAGAAACUUUCCUGGGUCUUGAACGUUGCUGUUAGCCUUGUCGGAAACAGCGCCACGAUCGAUUUUGUGGGCGCGGAUAGAGAAAAGGAUCUGGUUGAGGCGAUUGAGGACAUUGGGUAUGAUGCGGCUCUAGAUACAGUGGUCAAUCUCAAUGAGAAAAAACCUUUGUCAGACGAACGGCAUGUGGAGAUUAGAGUCGGUGGUAUCUUUUGUCCGCGGUGCCCUCAGAGAAUCAACCAGACUUUGAAGAGCUUUGGUGCCCACGGUGUACAGGUUCUGGCCCUCCCGUCUAUGGAACAUCCCAUAUUGAAACUACGCUAUAUCCCAAAUUCGCCGCAAUUCACAAUUCGCCAUAUCAUUAGAAGCAUCGAGGCCACAGAUCCUUCUCUCCAAGCAAAAAUAUACCACCCGCCAACGCUCGAAGAGAGAUCUAGAGCCAUCAGGGCAAAGCACACCCGCCAACUUUUCUACAGAGAGAUGCUGACACUUGUCCUCGCCAUUCCGACAUUUGUGCUUGGUAUAGUCUACAUGAGCCUUGUGCCAGACUCCAAUUCUACCAAACAUUUUCUAAUGAAGCCAUGGGUAUCCGGCCUCAGUCGCGUAGAGCUUAUACUUUGCCUACUCGCCACACCGGUGUACUUUUUUGCGGCGGAUGUCUUCCAUGUCCGAGCCAUAAAGGAGCUGAGGACGCUAUGGCGACCCAGCAGCCGGACACCUUUCUUGCAGCGAUUCUACAAGUUUGGCAGUAUGAACAUGCUCAUGUCACUCGGAACUAGCAUUGCUUAUUGGUCUUCCAUUGGCCAAAUGAUCGCGGCGGGAGCUGAUGGCGAUGCCGACAUUCCUGAAGAUCGUUUUUACUUUGACUCUGUAGUCUUUCUGACCCUUUUCCUUCUCGCUGGCCGGUUGAUCGAAGCGUACAGCAAAUCCAAGGCGGGCAACGCUGUUGAAGCUUUGGCAAAGCUAAGGCCCACUACCGCUCUUCUGGUAGAGCAAGAUAAGUUGAAAGGCCAAGUUACCACGACGAUAGAUAUGGACCAGCUGGAACACGGUGAUGUUAUCCGAGUGCCCCACGGCUCAUCGCCGCCGGUUGACGGUAUAAUCCUGGAUGGCGAAACAACUUUUGACGAAUCGAGUCUUACUGGCGAAUCACGCCCCAUCAAGAAGGGAGAAGGAGACGAAGUAUUCGCAGGUACCGUCAACAAGGGAUCCGCAGUAGUCGUCAAGGUGACUGGAACCUCUGGCAAGUCCAUGCUUGAUCAGAUCGUCGAGGUGGUCAGAGAGGGGCAAGCUAAAAGAGCGCCGAUGGAACAAAUAGCCGAUCUUUUGACAUCUUAUUUCGUCCCGGUGGUAACUCUCAUCGCCAUCAUCACAUGGGCUGUCUGGAUGGCUCUCUGCUUUACCCACAAAGUUUCCAGCGACGAACUGAACACAUCAGGCGGCUCAACUUCCUUUGCUUUCCAGUUUGCUAUUGCCGUAUUCGUUGUGGCAUGCCCGUGCGGAUUAGGCCUGGCUGCCCCAACGGCCAUUUUUGUCGGAGGAGGCCUCGCAGCCAAGCAUGGCAUUCUAGUCAAAGGUGGAGGCGAGGCCUUUGAGAAAGCUAGCAAAGUGGGCUGCGUGGUCUUUGACAAGACGGGAACCCUCACUGUUGGAGGCGAGCCUCAAAUCACUGAUUCGGCUCUAUUCCCUGACGGCACUAGUGACGGGAUCGAUGAACGGAUUCUACUCUCUGCUAUAAAAGCCACAGAGGAAAACAGCAGCCAUCCUAUAGCAAAGGCCAUUGUUGCCUUUUGCAAGGCUGGUGCAGAGCAAGUUGAGCUUGAGCAAAUCGAAGAGUUGCCAGGCAAGGGCAUCAGAGCAAACUGCAAGAACCGGCCAUUUGAUAUUGCGGUGGGCAACGAGGGUCUAAUGAGAGACCUGUCAGCCUCUCUGUCUGAUCAUGUCCAGAGCCUGCUGAAUACGUGGAAGACGGAGGCCAAGUCAGUUGCCCUUGUUGCGACGAAGCUACGCGACGGCGGUAACUGGACAGUCUCGGCUGCGUUCUCAAUCUCCGACCCCAUCCGUGAAGAGACGCUUUCCGUGCUGGAGGCAUUGCAAAAGAGUGGCGUGGAGGUUUGGAUGCUCUCAGGCGACAAUGUGACCACUGCGCAGGCCGUGGCCCAGAGGGUGGGCAUUCCUCCCACCAAUGUGCUUGCUGAGGUCUUGCCGUCCGAAAAGGCGGCCAAGAUCAGCUACCUCCAAGCCUCGAUGCACAGCAGCGGCCGCCGUGCCAUGGUGGCCAUGGUGGGAGAUGGCAUCAAUGACUCGCCGGCCCUCACGACAGCGGAUGUCGGCAUCGCCAUUGGGUCUGGCAGCGACGUGGCUAUUUCGAGCGCUGACUUUGUGCUAGCCACGUCAAAUCUCCACUCGGUGCUGACGCUUCUGGAUCUCAGCCGCGUCGUGUUCCGCCGCAUCAAGCUCAACUUUGGAUGGGCAGCGGUGUACAACGUAUGUGCCAUUCCUAUUGCUGCCGGAUGCCUGUACGCUGUUACGACCUCGAGCGGCUCGCACGUCAAGCUGGAUCCUGUUUGGGCGUCGCUGGCCAUGGCCCUGUCGAGUAUCAGUGUGGUGCUGAGCAGUCUGAGCAUGAGGACGAAGAUUCCAUGGCUAGGGUUUCGUAAUAAACAGGUUGUGUAAUCUCGUAUGUACGGUGGAUGGAUCAUGUGAAGGAAAUAUUACUUACUGGUGGUACGAAGGAGUUCUCAUGGGUACUGUGUCUUGCAUAGCAAGGGAUUUAUUGGUUGCACUCUGCAAUUCGCGUAAAUUAGGUGCCAUAUCCAUGAUCCUACGGAUGCAGACAGCACGGAUACGCUACAGAUUGUUUUUUUUUUUUCCUUUCUUUUUUUGGAUAUGAGUUCAUGAUGUAUUAAUAGUUUGUAUUUGUACUCGCUGUUCUAGUUUGGGAUAAUUUAUAUUCAUGAUACCUCUUUUACAAUAUUGCUAUUUGCGGUGCCCAUGAACUCCCACCCCUAUUGCUUGUGAUAAUAAUCAAAAGGAAUGGCUGAAUUAAUAUUAAACAGCCGGCGUAUAGUUAAAUUGCAGUGGUAUGUCGUCCAGGGUCCAAGAGCGCUGCCUUGCGGCCUAUAGCAAUAGAAAGCGAGGCUCAGGAUUCAUAGGCCAGGCUGGGACUCUUUGUUUACAUGCAAGGCUGUACUCGAGGUAUGGGCCGUAAGGACGAACUAAUAUCAAUACGAAAUUACUACAGUUGACGGGAAUGAAUGCCGUCUUUUUUGUUCUAUACGAUGUAGGUCCAAGUUCAUGUUCUCUGCAAGUACAAGACUGUGGCUAAUACAGUGCAAACUUGUCUCAUCAAAUCCCUCUUGUGUGCGUAUGCACCGUUCCUUGGCUCCGACACUAGUUGCGUUCGCCUUUAUUUAGCCCCCGAAGCUUCAUGCCUAGCACACAUCGCUGCAGGACUUGGUUCAUUUACGUCGCUUCAUGUGCUGAUACGACUUCGCAGCCUCUCAAACGGUAAGCUGUACGUACAUGCCUUGUCGGAUAUUAAUUAUGCCGUUGACAAAUCCUACAAUUGAACUUGAUGCGAACACCUCAUUCGAAUUGCGGGGUAAAUUCU